AUGACUCUCCCACAGCUACCCGCGACCAACCGUGCAGUGGUCACACAGGCAACAACGCCAGCGAGCGUGAAAGUGGUAGACUGGCCCUUGCGCCUCUCCGACACGGGUGCGAACCAAUUGCCGCCCCGCGAAGUGCUCAUCAAGGUCCAUGCAGCGGCCAUCAACCCUACGGAUUGGAAGCACGCUCUCGGUGGCUGGUCAGACCCUGGCCUGGUGGGAGGUUGCGAUGCGGCAGGUGAAGUCAUCGCCGUGGGUGAUGAGGUCUCUUCGCUGAAGGUAGGCGAUCGUAUUGCUGGGUUUCUGUACGGUGUGAGUGAAAUCUAUCAUUGUUUCUCGGAGCGCGACACUCCUGUGCAGCUUGUGCUGAAAUCUCUUCCACUUGCAAUGCCUUGCUCUUCCACUGGUAAUGCUUUGCGGAACAGACCAGCUCAGCAAACAAUGGCGCAUUUGCAGAGUACGCAAGAUACAAAGAGUGGGCUACGCUCAAGCUGCCCGAGGGUCAGAGCUACGCAGCAGGUGCAGCACUGGGCAUUCCCCUCCUGACUGCUGUUCAGGCGCUCUAUUUGCGUCAAGGUCUCACGGUGCCCAGUCAAGCCAAGCCUACAGGCAAGCACAUUCUCAUUUGGGGCGGAACGACAGCCGUAGGACACCAUGCUAUCCAGUUGUCCAAGUUAUCUGGUCUUUCUCCCAUCGUCACGGCAUCCAAGCAGCAUCACGAUGUGUUGCGUCAACUGGGAGCAGACGUGCUCGUCGACUACAAAGACGAGGACGUCAUUGAACAGAUUCAAAAAGCUUCGGGAGGUGCGAUUCCCUUUGCGCUCGACUGUGUUGCGGAGAAUGGCACGACGGGGCAAAUUCUGCAAGCGCUUGGAGAUGAGAACAAGGGUGCUCAUGUGGUCACCCUGUUGCCCAUCGGAGAAGAGGAUGCAAAGACGGCUGAAAAAGCAGGCAUCAAAGCCGAAUUCACGCUGCUCUACACCAUCCUCGGAGAAGCACUCAAAUUUGCGAAAGCCAUAGAGUGAGUGUAUCCAGCGCAGCGUCGUCGGGGGCUUGCAACGAGGCUUUUUGGCGCACUUGAAGCAGGUUGAUCUUUGGAGACUUUUCGCUGAUGACGAACACAUGCGAUGCCACUCUUGUCAUCUUGAAGCUUCCCAGCAAAGCCAGAGGACGUGGAGCGCAUUGACAAGUGGCGCACAAACGAAUGGCCACGCCUCGCCGCCGGUUGGAGCGACGCUUCCAACGGCUCCAAGCUGUACAAGGGCGCCAAGCUGACCGAACGAGGUCAUCUAGACGACAUGUGA